AUGGUCGCCAAAGACUCCUUGUUCGAGGUCUCUCUUCUUAGCCUCGUCGCUAAACCUCAACCGGAAUCCUGGGAAUCCCAAUACAACCUUGCUUAUUCCACAAAGAGGCUGAUACCAGCCAUCAUCGCGGUUGGUCUCUUCAUACGAGUGUUCACCACUCUUGGAAAGGUUAUCCACAAGCGACUGAAGGCAUGGAGGUUUCUGGUGAGAGGAAGGGAUAUCAUCCAAGAUGGAUUCACCAUGGCUGAUUGCAUGCAAUGGAUCAUGGAAUCCCUCCCUCAGGGGAGAGUUCUCACUCCGCAGCGGCUUGUCCACGAGACUAUGGCAAUCUGGUUCGGCUCCAUUCAUGCAGUUGCCGGAGUAGGCCACCACAAUCGCCCUCAAGAUCUCUGCCUCCAUCCGAAAUAUCUAGAGCCUCUCCGCCAGGACAUUGACAACCACCACCUCGACUUUGAGCACACUGCCCAAGGACUCCCACUGCUAGACAGCUUUAUAAAGGAAUCAGCCCGUCUGACCCCCACUGAAGCCUUAAGUACCCGCCGCUACGCCGUCCAAUCUCACACCUUCUCAGACGGCACCCAUCUCAACCGCGGCGACUGGGCUUGCACACCCCUGAUCGCUAUCAACAAGAUCCCAGAGUACUACCCAACCCAGAGCCAUUCAGCGGUUUCAGAUUUGCUCCUCUAG